GAAAAAACAAUUUACAAUGAACAAAAUGUAGGACUUUCUCUGUCUUAUUACAGGGCACUCUAUCUUCUUCUUCAUUGCGAGGACUGAGAGCGGAACAACAACAACAACUGUCACCGAACCGAAGCAUUCAUUGGGUAGAAAACAAUGAGUACUGAAGGUGUCGACGAAGAUUGCCUAGGAUGGGCUGCAAGAGAUGCAUCUGGAACUCUAUCAGCUUACAAAUUCAGUCGCAGGGCUCUUGGAAAUGACGAUGUUUAUGUAAAAAUUACGCACUGUGGAGUUUGUUAUGCUGAUGUUAUUUGGACAAAGAAUACAUUCGGUGACUCCAAGUAUCCUUUAGUACCUGGACAUGAGAUUGCUGGGAUUGUUGAAAAGGUUGGAUCCAAUGUCCACCGUUUCAAUGUCGGUGAUCAUGUUGGAGUGGGGACUUAUGUCAACUCAUGCAGAGAAUGUGAAUAUUGCAAUGACAGACAAGAAGCUUAUUGUGAGAAGGGAUUUGUUAAUACUUUUAAUGCUGUUGAUACUGAUGGUACAAUUACAAAAGGAGGAUAUUCCAGUUACAUAGUAGUUCAUGAAAGGUAUUGCUUCAUGAUACCCAAAGAUUAUCCUUUGGCUUCAGCAGCUCCUUUGCUUUGUGCUGGACUUACUGUUUAUACUCCCAUGAUGCGCCACAAGAUGAAUCAACCUGGAAAGUCUCUAGGAGUGGUUGGUCUCGGUGGCCUCGGUCAUAUGGCAGUGAAAUUUGGAAAGGCGUUUGGAUUGAAUGUAACAAUUUUCAGUUCUAGCAUACACAAGAAAGAGGAGGCCUUGAGUCUGCUUGGUGCAGAUAAAUUUGUUGUUUCAUCUGACCAAGAGCAAAUGAUGGCAUUGACCAAGUCACUUGACUUUAUAAUUGACACAGCAUCUGGCGAUCACCCAUUUGAUCCUUACAUGACACUGUUGAAGACAUCUGGUGUUCUAGUCCUAGUUGGGUUCCCAAGUGAAGUCAAAUUCAGCCCUGCAAACCUUAAUCUUGGUAUGAAAAGCAUUUCUGGGAGUAUUACUGGUGGUACAAAAGAGACACAAGACAUGAUUGACUUUUGUGCUGCAAACAGGAUUUACCCAAAUAUAGAAGUGAUUCCAGUCCAGUAUGCAAACGAAGCACUUCAGAGGGUUAUAAAUAGGGACGUGAAAUAUCGGUUUGUUAUAGAUAUUGAAAACUCCCUGAAAACAUAAGAGAAAUGAAGAAACUGCUUCCUAAUUUAUACAUAUGGUUGGACUUUCUGUUCUGAGAACAAAUGAUAAAACACAGUUCGUCAUGUUUUCCAGUAUCGUGGAGGCCUCUGCACUUCCAUGUUUAUGUAUCUCUAAGCUUGAAGUAGUUUGAAACAUGGUGCAGAACUUACCUUAACUGCCUGUAUGUAGUGGUGAAGAUCGAAAAUUUUAUUAUGUGCUCAUAUAUGGAAUGAGGAAAGUUUUGAAUA